UCACCAGAUAAGGCAAGGGAGGGAAAGGAACGGCUCACACAGCAUCACGAGCAGUGGAAUGAAGCUGUUUCGUUAGGGAGGGGUCCCAGGCUUUGCUGUGCGCCGUGGUUGUGAUCUGUUUUUAUUCGGCCUUGCUGGCCUGAAGUCUUGGAGGUUCAAGAGGUACCUAUGGCUGAGAGGCUGAGUGGUAUGACCCAGACAGCUUGGAAAGAGCUGGGCACAGACGAGCUGCCCGGUAACAAGGUACUGCAGCACAGACACAGACUUCCUCAAAGGUACCCAGCAAAAUGGGUUCAGCAUAGGUUUGAGCCCCAGGAAAAACUGAGCAGGCCUCAGCACUCUCCUGAGAAUGCUGCUCGGGAGAGAAGCAGGGUGCGAAACCUUCGCCAGGCCUUUCACAGCCUGCAGGCCGCCCUGCCUGCCGUCCCGCCCGACACCAAACUCUCUAAACUGGACAUCCUGGUUUUGGCCACUAACUACAUUGCCCAUUUGACUCAGACUCUGGAUCAGGGAAGAAUUCCUACAGAGCAGCAUCUACCCCCAAGAGCACAAGGAUAUCUUCAUCCAGUCAAGAAGUGGCCCAUGAGGUCUCUCCUGUACUGUGGGAGCAUGGAAGAAUUAUUGACGGUGGUCCAAACAAGUCAGAAGGAGUGCUCUGGAGAAGAAGAUGUUUGCUUACAACCCCCUGACCCUGGGUCACAUCCUAUACCAUAAGCAAUCUUUUUGACUAUCUGGCUUUGAUGAAGACAUCUUCAUAUUAUAAUCACAGUAUUUAUACCCGCUUUAUUUUUUGGAAUUAUUCAGAAAGACUGUGCCGAGGUAGUAACAGCAUUUGGUGCAUUUUUUGUCAGCUGCUUCUUUUUAAUUUCUGAAACAAAUAUUUCUCCUCACAUUUUUAUAAACAAGAAUAUAAAAAGGUUAUAAACAGGAGCCUAUCAGUCAUGAACCUUCGUGCUGGUGAUUUAUUGACCUAAGGAUCUCAUCCAGUCAUUAACUGACAGUUCAGCCUUAUAUAUGUUUCAGUCUUAUAUAUACUCUUCCUCCACGGUGUAUUUAAACCAAACCAAUGGGUUAUUUUAUGGUCAGCAGUGAACACAAGGGCACAAUUAGAAGUUAGUUAAUGUAGAGUAAUCCAUUGGAUUAAGUUUGUGAAUACCAUUCAAGAUUUAAAAUACUUUUAUCAAAUUCCUCCCUAAUUUCAGCACAAGAAUGAAGAGAUUGUGUUCUUUUUGCCUGUUUGUGAGAUUUCUGUUACUUCCAGAAUGAUGACACAAAGGAUAGGUUACUACAAAUUUGAGAAGUGUAUGAGUUGCCAUGUAAAUAAGUGUGGAGUCAUAUGUAAUACGGGGCUGGAGUAUUAAUACCUACUUAGUAAGGAUUUUAGAAAAGGUAUUCAUGCUGUUCUAAGCACACUUGGCACCGAAUAAUCUAUUUACAAUGCUUUUUUUAGUUUGCAAAAACAAUCUUUAGUUUGCAAAAAACAAUCUUAGCUAAUCCUUUUGAAUAGCUUCAAGUACCCAGCUGUAAUCGACAUGAAUUAACAAUGCAGAUUAAUGGCUUAAUUAAAAUUAGCUGACCAGACAUUGAAGUCAUAACUAAAGUGGUGUGUCUCCUGAUUCCAUGUUCUUGUCACCCUUUGUGCUCCAGACGGAUUGCAAUGGGAGGCGCAGGGGUGGGGCAUGUCACUCUGCUGCCUUGUAAAUCCUGGAGCUGAGGUUUGAUUCCAGACUAGGCCAUUUGCAUGCUCUCACAUGGGCUCUCUCCAGGUCCUCAUGCUUCCUCCCCACAAGAAAUGCAGAUUAGGUUAAUUUGAAAUUGGCCUGGUAAUUUCAAUGGAUGUUGUCCCACUCAUAGUUUGGGACUGGUUCCACUUUUGGGUCCAGUACCUCCUGGAUAAAUUCCAGAUAUAAGCUGUUCACCUUGCCAGGAAGAAGCAGGUUUCCGAUGAUGGAUAGAUGGUAAUGAUUAAUGCAGUAAUCGGUUCUUUGAUUGGGAUUCCUUUCUUUGCCCUCUAUAGAGAACUCUUUUAGAUCCUGCUCUUCCCUAGACCCAGGUGGGCUGAAGUCAUUCCAGGGCAUGAGCUGGUUACAUGUGUUUACUAAUACUGCUGGCAAAAUAUGCGAAACCUGAGGGUUACUUGAGUAAAGUUCCAAUGAUGUGUUCAGCGUUUGGCCAAAAGAUGAGUUUCCUGCUCUCUUGUAGUUUCUUUCUCCAUUUCCUUAAAUGAGCAGUAGAUGAUUGGACAUGGAGUCCUCCAUUACAAAGAAAACUUAGUUUAGGAGGUUAAGGAUGUGCUGUACAUACCAACUUCACAUGUAUUGUGAAAUACAUCUUGAUGAAACGGUGAUGAGGGUAGUAUUUUUCAGAGUAGAAAUGCACUCAUGAUAUGAUAAAAAUACUAACUGUACUUUUGGUUUGUGUUGCUCUUCAGUAUGUUAUUCGUUUACUGGCUUGUUGUCGGCCACUGAGUUAUAAACAUGCUGUAUAAUUAAAACCAAAAGUUUUCUGCUUGGCCAAUUUUUGUUGAAUCUUUAUCAGGAGUAGAUUUCGCUUGUGUUUGGAUGCUCUGGUUUUAGACUCUACAACCAUAAAUCUUUUCAAAGAUAAAUGCGUAGGGAGGCAUGUUAUGUGUACUUUUGGCACACUUUUCUCUCUGUAAUAAGCAGUUUUGCCGAAGGUUAAGGAAUCCUGAUUUUUUUUAAGACCUAUGCCUCGCUGGACAGAUUUGUGCACUUUGAAAGUACUGUUUUAUUAACAAGACAUUCUAGUUUCUCUGUUUUCUUCAUUUCAUUUCAAGUGCCUUGCUUUGUGGAAAGAAGAAAUGCAUUUCUGAAUAUUGCCUAAGCAAAAUCUCAGCCUUUGAAAUUAAUAUAACACCCUUAUGCUCAUGUUACUGAAAAGAAAGCCAUACAGUAAAAUAACUAAUGAAAUGUAAUUUUUGUCUCACUUCGUUUCUUGGAAAACUAGGGAAAUGUUUCUUGUGCGAAAUGUACAUUUUAGUGUUGGUUAUUUAUUUAUGAAAAAAUUAUGUUUUUAAAAGAAGAUAAUAAAAACAUGAUACUGAUACUGGUAAAUAAUACUGGCAACUUGUAUUUAAAAUAUUUAAAAAAUUUUCAGCCAUGAAAGAAUUUGACAAAACAGAGGUCUGUCUUUGGCACAUUAAAUAAUGAUAUUAAAAAGCAGGAUUCAGCCUUAGUAUUGUUAAAAAGACAUUAACAAUACUAAGCUGAACACAAGGUCAAAAACUAAAUAAACAAUUAAGAGUUCCAUUUUGAAUUGAAUACUAUGACAGCUCUUAAAGCCAUACCAUAUGUGAUAAAAUGUUAGCUUCUUUUGUUAGAUUAUUUUGUGGGACAGGAAAAUGUAUGAAUACGUGGGACAGAGUGUUUAAAAACAUACAGCUCUUAAUGUGUAUUAAUAACUAAAUCAAAUAAAAUGUUAACACAAAUUGUGAAGCACAAAAUCCAGUCAGACUGGCAGGUCUGUGUCAAUGAUAAUAACUGGUAAAUGGGCUGAAUCCUGCUCCACAAGUCAAGUGAGAGCACCUGUGUGCAGGCAGUGGGAAAGACAGCUUCUUUGGCAGGACACACUGUGGGGUUAAGCCAUGUGACCUAAUGGCUGCUAUUUUUCUCCAGUUUGAGCAACAUGGGCUCUGCUCCAUAGUGAAAUGUACUGCACUCAAGGCUAACUCCAUAAAUCUGUCUGGCAGCCUGAUAAGCAUGCCUGUUCUUAUUUUUUUAAAAAGAGACCUCUAAGGGCAUUACUGCUAAUACAGAGGUUACUAAGGGAAAAGACAUGGAUUUAGAAAACUGGUCUUUAGUUUAAGCAAUGCUUAAAUAGAGUUGAUGAGUCUUGACAAGCAAUUAUUGCACUUAAUAUCAGUUGAAGAGGGUGUGAUUGAUAAUAGUGACUAAACUGGAAUACUGAUCAUUUUGACUCCCUGUAAAUGCACAGCUAAGGAUAGUUAAUGAAACAAACAAGAUUGCCAACCUUUUCCUGUGGUACCAGACAUAGAUCAGACCCUACACUUGGUGUUAUUAAUACCAUUAAUAACUAUUUCAUCAAUUUCCCUACAGGAUUAAUAACGUAUUAUCUAUCUAUUCUCUAUCUAUUGGUGCUAUUAAUAACCCAACUGAGGAACACAGUAAACAAAUUAUCAGAACAGUGUCUAGAAUGUCUAGAGUGUAUUUCAAUAAGGCCCUGAGAAAUUCAUAAGUUAGUGACACUGGGAGACUAACCUGAUUCUCAGCUGGAAACAGCAAUGUUAUUCAAGCCUCUCCAAUAAGAAGGAUUUGAAGAAUAAGUAUUUUUUAGCCAGUAAAUAUAUCUCCAAAUAUAUAAGGGGCACUUAGAACUUAUUUUAUUAUUUUUGUAAUUCCACAAAGAAAGUUAUGUAAUAUUACUGUAUAUCACCACUCACAAUUAAAAGGAAAAAAGCACACUAAUCUUCCCCUAAAAAACAGAAUUCCUCAUGAAGUAAAUCAGUUCCUCAGCAGUCAUCUGUGCUUAGCUCUUCUUUUGCUACAACUUGUAUUCAAUAAGUUUAACAACUCCAUAAUGUUGAUCAACUACAGGGGAGUGGCAUUGUCCAAAUAGAAAUUAUAUCAGAAUAUUUGCACUUGGGUUGACUUCACUGGAAAACAUUUCUCAGAUAAACACAAAUGCAAAACAAGCUCUUCAAAAUGAGAGCAAUUGGAAGGGAUAAUUACAUGUAUCUGGGUUUUUUCCCCAGAUCCAAACACUGAUCUGUACUGGGAAAGCCUCAAAUGAGCUCUAAGUAUGGUCUAUCUAGGUUUUGGCCCAGUGUCCUAGGCCUAGUAUUCAGUAACUAUUACUAAGUUCACUUACUGGCCAAAUAUCAGAACUUGGGUUUCUUGCCUAUUUGCCUACAUAGUCCGUGCCCUCAGCUGACAUUGCAACUGGAAGAAAAAUUGAAAUAAAAAAAAAGAUUUCCCUUAUCAUACAUGGAUAUAAUCACUUCUGCCAGUAAGUCUGGUUUUUCCUUUAUUUAGAAUUCAAGAAACUUUUUUUGUUUUCAACUCAUUAUAAUCUUUGUUUGGACACUAUCCAAUUCAUUUAAAUCUUACUGAAGCAACAGCUUCGCUCCUAGUUUUAAAGGGUGCGUGAGGACAAACAGGACAGGCUGGGGAGGCACAGAUGGAGGAUGAGGGACAGGAGAUGCCACCCAGAAUUGUGACCCCUAAAUGCAGGGGCUACUUUUGUGUUUUACAUGACUACAACACCUAGAAGUUAUCACUGAUGCUACGAGCCUUCUUCACCCACCACAGGUUCUAUUCAACUCCCAGAAUCA